AUGAUAUUUGAUUCAUUCUGUUUGAAUCUAUCUCAGCCUAUAAUUAUCUAUCAAUCUGUCUCAAUCAUUCCAUUUCUUUCUCUCUUUAUACAGUUCUGUUCAUAUUUUGAUUUUUUUUCCCUUUCUCUUUGUAUCAUUGUUUCUUUCUUUGAGACUUCAUAUCUAUCUUUCUAUCUCAGUUGGGAUCUAUAUGUCUAUUUCAGUCUGUUUCCUUCACUUGCUAUCUCAGCUUGUUUCUUUCUUUCUAUCAAUCUAUUUCAAUUGAUUUCUUUCUCUCUUAUGUUCAUAUCUAUCAUAGUCUGUUUUUUCUUUAUUGGUUUCUUUUUGUGUCUGUUUCCUUCUAUGGUAAUUUGUCUCUAUUUAGCAAUCACUGUAUCUGUGUUCCUUUCUAUUUAUCUCAGUUUGUUUAUAUCUACUGAAUCAAUUCCUCUAUAUCUAUUUUUUUCAGUCUGUUUCUUUCUCUCUCUGUCUUUCUUUCUUUAUAUUAAACUGUUUCUUUCUUUUGAUUCACAUCAGUCUGUUUCUGUGUUACUUUGUUUCUUUCUUUGUAUUUGUCCAACUUUGUUUCUUUCUAUCUUAAUUUGUUUCUUUGGAUCUGUAUCUAUCACAAUUUGUUUAAAUCUAUCUGCCUUCUAA